UUGAUAAUUUGACUGUCCGUCGAAUCAGAUUCGAUGUUAUGUUUUUAUCCUACCUACAAUAUUAUUAGAAAAAUUUAAAAAAUUGCAACGUUGGACGCGUGGCCCCACUCCCGCCGCUGAUACACACGAGCGCAAACUCAGCAAGCUGGGUCCAAAUUGGUGCAGAACGAUCAGCUGUCACGCAUCUGACGUGUUGAACACAAACAAAUCUGAUAUCCGGGGUGCUAUGCUGUUGGCAAGAUGAACGGUGCGUUUUACGAGCAGCUAGGGGGUGUGGCUGGUUUAUUCGAGCAAUGGGGCACGUGUGAACGAACUGUUGUUGCAUGUGCGCUGGCUCGAAGGGUCCCCUGGCCUGGCCUAAGACUUGUACAAAGAGCUGUGGAGGCAGCUCUGCAGAGCCAUAUCGAAGACGAGCGGCUAGAGAGAGAUGCCAAUGAUGAGACCCUACUGGCAAGUUUACUCGCUGCCAGGGCGGAAGAUGAUGAUCAAGAAGACGGUGAGCGGCUCCGGCAGCUGGUGCGGCUGGUGCCGCUGCUGCGCACGGACAACGAGCGCGCCAAGAGCGUGCUGGUGGGCGCGGCGCCCGCGCUCGUGCAGCGCGUGCUGGACGCGCCGCGCCGCGCCGUGGCGCCCGAGCUGUGCCGGCAGCUGCUGUCCUACCUGCUCGUGCACCCCGCGCUCAGCGUGCACGACCAGAGGACGUUGACGCAAUGGCUUCGCUAUUUAGAAAAUCAUAUAUCAGGCAACAGAAACACGGAAUCGGUUUGGCAACAGAGGAUAGACCCGUGUCUUUUACCCGACUCGAACAUUUGGGCGAACAACAAUAGCUUUAGACGAACCAUCGGCAAGAACGUCGAGUUCAGAGGAAUACUAGACUCAGUAGACCAAACGUCUUAUACGGACAUUUUACAAGAAUCCUUCUCCAAGAACGGGAGAGACGUGGACCUCAGCCUAGAUGGUGAAAUUUUAAAUUUUGACGCGGCGAUAGUUCAGCCCAAGUCCCAAAGAUCGAACAGUUUAACCCCUCCUUCCAGUAGUUUUAUGCAGACGUCGUCAUCUGCUGAGAACCUAAGUGAUGAACCUUUCGUCCAGAAACCUAGGAGUUUUUCCCUCUCUAGUGAACAUAGUUUAAGCCAAUUACGACCUAUUAGUAUAAUGUAUGGAACGACGGGGAGCGAAACUAGACUAGACGACCUCAGAUCGAAUAACUUCACGGAACAUCCGGGCAUGUCGACCGUGGCGCAAUGGCUCAAGAGUUUAAGGCUACAUAAAUACGUGUGGCUGUUCACGAACAUCACGUAUGACCAGAUGAUGGCGAUGGACGAGAAAUAUCUUGAAAAAUUAGGUGUAACAAAAGGUGCUCGACACAAAAUCCUCUUGUCCAUUAAGAAAUUGAAUGAACGGGGAGCAAUACUAGAAGGAAUCCAAGCAGAGCUGGCUUCGAACAAUGGGUCGGUAUUGAGGGCAUUGGAGAGGUUAAGAGGUGUGCUUUUAUCGCCGAUGCCUCCAGGGUCUGACCUUCCAUCUGCUGUUGUUGCAGCUCUUGAUCUUGUAGCGAGAGCAUCGCAGUCACGUGUGUAUGCGACAGCCGCGCGAGCCGAGCCCGGCGCGCUCGACCCCGUGUCGCUGCACUGCUGGCUCAUCGAGAAGGCGCUGCACCACGAGGCCUUCUCGAGCGCCGAGCUGCAGAGCGCGCUGCGCCGCCUGCGUCACCGCCUGCCGCCGCGACAGUUCUUCCACCUCGUGGGCGACGCGCCGCACCGCCGCCUCAAGCACAGGUGGCGCACGCCGCAGUGCCCGCUGCGCCGCUGGGCGCCCCCCCCGCGCGGCAAGUCGCACUCGUACCCGCCCUUCCCCCCGCACGGCCUGCCGCGCCCCCCGCCGCCGCCCGCCGACGACUACUCCAGCCUCGACGCGCUGUGCCUGCAGAUGACGGAGCAGGCCAUCAACUAGUGACGCGAGCCGAGUACGAGGAAUGUCAAUUAUUUUAUGUAAAGGUAAUAUAUAGACCCGUGCUGUGGCCGGAGCUCGUAUCGUUUGCCCGUUUGUUGGGUAAUGCUUGUAUCGUAACGGUGACAGUAUCGAAAUUUAAGUGAUCUUAUUAUUUAUUGGACGGUGUGAAUUUUAUUUGAAUGUUAUUAGACCAUUAAGUUUGCAAUAUUUCUCUAUACAUUUUAAUUAGGUGACUCGACUUAACUUUACACUGCAAACAUUUCAUUGACUUUUAUUAAUUGUAUUCACUGAGAAUCAAAUGUGACACCGCAAUGAACUUUUGCAUUAUAUUCAUCAUGUGAAUAUAAAUAUUAUUAAUUUUAUUUAUAUUAAUUAUUAUUGCUAUUAUAUUAAUUAUAAUUAAUUUAUAAUCAGAGAGGUGUGUCGUUUUUAUUUGUAAGUCAAAACAGAAACACAAUGAAUACAAAAACAUUUAUUUACGAGACAACUAUAUUGAAAGCACAUUUAUUAUCUGUGACGAAAACAUAGACAUUAAGCAUCUAUACAUUAAGAUAAGAUAAUAAGAAACAAUUACAUCGACUGUAUCCGCCUCUGUCGAAAAUAGUUUAAUAUGAAGAUAAUAACAUGAACAAUACACUUAAGUCUUCAUAUUCAAUUGAAGAGAUAUUAUAAUUCACUUUUUAUGUGAAUUUUUGUAAAUAUCAUGUUUUCUUUUAUUACAAAUAUAUUAGCUAUUUGUAUAAAUGCUAUAUCCUAAUUUCUUUGGUGCUAUUCUGCAAGUUUUUAUUUUUCAGUAAGUCAUUAGUGAUAACUUAGCUAGGGCUAGAAACUGUUAUAAUUUAUAAUUACGUUUAGAAACAAUGGGUAAUAUAGCGGAGCUUAUAAUAGAAUAAUGGGCACAAAUCGGCCUAAAACGAUUAGACGGAAUGGAGGUCAUUUGAAUGUAGAUUUUAUGAUAUUUGUUGUCUGUGGAGUGUUUGUUGACAUUUAUUAUCUGUUACAAAUUGCACUGCCGUAAUCCGGCAAUAAUAUUGUGCAUAAACUUAAAAAAUAGACAUAUAAGUAAUUGUUGACUGACUGCAUAAUUUAUAUAGCAAAUGUUCAUUUCCAUAGAUUAUUAAUUUUAUUUUGUUUUAAUGACAUUAUAUUUAUAUUGUAAAUCUUAGACUGGAUCAAAAAUUUUGAUUGAAUUUUGUGCAAUUUUAUAUUAGUUUGAAAUUUUUCAAUGAAAAUAAACAUAAAUUACAAUAUAUGCUUUGUGUUUAAUAUUAUAUUAUUUUAUUUAUAAAUCUGAUAAUUGUUUUGACAAU